GUCAAUGUAAUUAUCCCCCUUCAGCAAUAUUAGUUUUGGAUUGUCUCCAGAACAAACCACUGUUAUACAAUGACUUGCCUAAUUACACAAACUUGCCUAUAACCUAAAUAAGCCUUUAAAUGUCACUUUAAUACUAGUCUCUUGAAGAAUAUCUAAUCUAAUAUUAUGUGCUGUCAUCAUGGCAAAGAGAAAAGACAUCAGUUAUUAGAAAUGUGUUAUUGACACUAUUAUGUUUAGAAAAGUGUUAAAAAAAAUCUUUUACGUUAAACAGAAAUUGAGGGAAAAAUAUACAGGAGGGCUUUGACUUCAACUGUACUGUAUAUAUAGGUCAAAUUUACACAGCAUGAUGUGUUUACUGUAGGUUUGUCGCGGGUUACUGGGUGUCUGUGGGGUUAAGCUUGACCAAUGUGGGCCAGUCAGACGUUCGUAAGGAGUUUAUAAUAUUAUGUUCACCAUAUGGACUGUCUUACAGGUCUGCAGGAGUCCAGAAGAUCAUGGCGGAGGAGCACGCGACAGGUGCUACACCCCGAGGGAUGACAGUAGGAGCAGAGGGCGGGGCUGAUGUCACAAAGGGCGUGUGGCCAGCGCAACCACGCCCCUUAUCACAUGACCGGGUCACCUUAGUAGUCGACGGGACACAUUUCGUAGUGGAUCCUGCAGUGUUUACAACAUACCCGGAUACGGUGCUAGGAAGAAUGUUUGGUCGAGCGCGUCAGCACAGUUUUACGCGACCAAACACUAAAGGCGAAUAUGAAAUCGCUGAGGGAAUCGGUGCAAGUAUCUUCAGAGUCAUACUGGAUUUUUACAGAGUCGGCAUCCUGCACUGUCCAGAGGGCGUGUCUUUGGCGGAGCUGCGCGAAGCCUGCGAUUAUCUGUGUAUAAACUUCGACUACAACACCGUCAGAUGCAGAGACCUCAGCGCUCUCCUGCACGAGCUGUCCAAUGACGGCGCUCGGCGGCAGUUCGAGGUGUUUCUGGAGGAGCUGUUGCUGCCGGCGAUGGUUUCCAGCGCUCAGGAGGGAGAGCGAGAGUGUCACAUCGUGGUGCUCACAGACGAUGAUACUGUAGACUGGGACCACGACAACCCUCCGCCGAUGGGAGAGGAACACUCGCAAAUCAUCUACAGCACCAAACUCUACCGUUUCUUCAAGUUUAUUGAAAACAGAGACGUCGCGAAAACUCAUCUUAAGGAGCGAGGCCUGAAAAACAUACGCAUCGGUAUCGAAGGAUACCCCACCUGUAAGGAGAAGGUGAAGCGGCGUCCGGGCGGGAAGUCGGAGGUGAUUUACAGCUACGUGCAGCGUCCGUUCAUCCAGCUGUCCUGGGAGAAGGAGGAGGGCAAGAGCCGACACGUGGACUUCCAGUGUGUGCGCAGCCGCAGCGUCCCAAACCUCAUCACCGCCAUGGGGGAGGGUCCUACUCGAGCUGGAGCCACGCCCACUCCACAGGUCGACGAGUUAGAUCGGCUGAACGGCCCCGCCCCUCCUGGCCUCGACCAAUGAUUGAUGAUUAAACUGAUAGAGAUGGAACACUGGACAAUACUCAAUGCUAUUAAAUUAUGUUGUGUGUUUUUA